AUGGAGGCGCCCGCCGAGCUGCUGGCCGCGCUGCCCGCGCUGGCCACCGCGCUGGCUCUGCUGCUCGCCUGGCUGCUGGUGCGGCGCGGGGCGGCCGCGGGUCCCGAGCGCACCGCCGAGCCCGGCGGGACUCCCGACCCCCGCGCCCCCGAGCCGGCCGCGGAGGAGCCGAGGCAGCCCGAGGGCCCGGGGGAGCCCGGGGAGCCCGCGGAGGCGACGGCCGAGGCAGAGGAACCGGUGGCGGAGGCCAGGCAGGAAGAGGAGCAGGACUCAGACAGUGAGAAGGUGCUGUCCCCAGCAGAGCCUGAGGAAGAGGAUGGAGAGGCCUUCUCCUUUAAGUACAGCCCGGGGCAGCUGAGGGGAAGCCAGUACAAGAAGAUGAUGACCAGAGAGGAGCUGGAGGAGGAGCAGAGAGUUCAGAAAGAACAGUUGGCUGCCAUCUUCAAGCUCAUGAAGGACAACAAAGAGACGUUCGGCGAGAUGUCCGACGGCGACAUGCAAGAGCAGCUGCGGCUCUAUGACAUGUAGGCUGGUCACGCAGGAAGACAUGAUGCAAGAUGUCCUCCUCCCUCAGGACUCGGUCCUGACAAUCAGCCCCGCGCUUGUGACUUCCACGCUUUUGUACGACUAUCUGAUGAAUAUAGGUGUAGAUGCAUAUUACAUACAGAUUUGCUCAGUUCUCGCAAUUCACAUAAGCUUUUUAGAAGAGUCAACCUGCUUUUCUUCAGAGGAGGGAAUAUCCCAGACCAGUGUGGCUUCAGCCUGCCCAUGAGGGACCUGCUGCCCUAUGUUCUGGGACCCAGGGCAGGUGGCCCGGGAAGGCUGGCUUGGUGGCUGGCUCCCAGCACAUGAUGUAGAAAGAAUGAAGUGCUGCCAGAGUACCUAGUAGCAUUACCUCUCAUUCUCCCGUAGGGGGAUUUCUGGAAGCUUCCAUUAAGUCAAGAAAACAGGCAGUAGCGGAGCAUUCUUUGUAGCAAUAGCACUUAAUUCAAAGGCUCACCUUUCACUCUGGGGCAGAACAGUGGAAACAGAAUUAAUAUCUUCUAAGAGUCUCUCACUAAGGCAGAAAGUAUACAUAUAGAUCUAAUUAGGAAGCUGGACGUGGUGGCACACGCCUUUAAUCCCAGCACUCCAGAUGCAGAUGUAGGAGGAUUGCUGUGAGUUCGAGGCCACCCUGAGACUUCAUAGUGAAUUCCAGGUCAGCCUGAGCUAGAGUGAGACCCUACCUUGGAAAACCAAAAAAUAAAGUAAAGUAAAAUAAAACAAAUCAGGACUUAUGAAUGUACGGCAUAUCUAGAACUAUACUAGACAAUGUAGACAGAAGAAAUAAAAUACACAACAAGGCUCAGUCAUAGAGCACAUGCCUACUAUGCAUGAGACGCUGGGUUCCAUCCCAAGCAUCAGAUCAAAAACAUACAUAUCUAGUAAACCAAUUAAUCUGCUUAGCUGAAUGCGUUUCUGCAGAAAUUUAGAAACAGGUGGCAAUAGUGAUGCCAUUUUAUGAGCCUUAAGGACAACUGACGUCAUUAUGGUCCCACAAAAUGGCUACAAUAUAACGUUGAAGUGUUUUCAUGAAGCUUAAUUAGAAUUUUAUGUAACUUGGUCUAAGAUUAAUGAAAAUUGAAAAACUAAUAAAAGUGCAUGAAAAAAAAAACCCAAAAAUA